AUGACAGAACAACUCAUAGAAUUGGUGAGAACACAUACGUUUCUUUAUGAUACUAGUUGCAAAAGUUAUAAGAAUGUUGGUUUGAAGGAUGAGACUUGGAAAAACAUUGGAAACGAAUUGAAUGAAAGUGAUGAAGUGCUAAAAAAAAAAUGGAAAAGCAUAAGAGACAACUAUUUACGAUACAAAAAAGAAAUAAAUGGUACAACAGGACAAGCCACUAGAAAGUAUCAAAAAUGGCCGUGGGCAAGUCAGUUACAAUUUUUAGAUAAAUGUUUAGCUUCAAGACAAACGACAUCCAAUAUUACAACUGACUUUCCAUUAAAGAUACAGAUACAAGAAUUAACAUCUCCUUCACAGAUAACUUCUCCACCUCAGGCAUCAACAUCAAUUUUCGACGUCAAAGAAUCGGAUGUUCCUCAAUUAUACACGCAUACUGAUUCUACAUUACCAGCACCGAAGAAAAUAAAAAAAAAUAGUAAAGAACCUAAUAAUCAGCCUGUUGGCGUAGACAAAGUUAUUGGUUAUUUAGAAAAUAAAAAGAAACAUACAUAUGAUAGUGUUGACCACUUAUUUCUCAGUUAUGCAGGAACCUUCAAAAAGUUUUCAGAAAGAAAUCAAAUAAAGGUUAAAGUAGAACUUGCUAAAUUAUUCGCUGACAUGGAAUUAAAAGAACUAGAUGAACGCGGCCAUUCAAGUUCACUUUCCCUGCAUACUCCAAUUAGCAAUUGUUCAAAUGACUCUGAUUUUUCUCAAUCAGAAUCAAGUGCUUUUCAAAACGUGAUGUCAUCAUCAGAAAACUGUUCUACAGUUAAGUGA